AUGCUGCAAUUUCCACGCGCCGCACAGCUUGUCGACGUAGCAUGGCAUCCACCUUUGCAUGUGUGUGAUGCUGCAUGGAAUAGCGCUCCCAGUGUGUGCUCUGGUGCACGGCCCCUACCCCCAUCUUCCCCACCGCUUGAGCUUGGCGUGAAUGGCCAAGCAACCACGCUCGAGCCAUUCCACUGCACCACCAUCCCGGAUUCGCGCGAUGCCUCCUGCUCUGUACACCUGCUCGAUACUGGCGGCCACGUAUACGAUCUUGCGUGGUCGCGCACCGACGAGCGGGAAUUGUGGCUCUGCAUUGCCAGUGCGCCGCACCGCGGAGAGCAAACCCAAGUGGAAGCGCCGCUGCACGGCGGCAUGCUCCAGCUAUGGCGGUAUGCAAGCAACGAGACGCUGUCGUUGGCGUUCACGGUCGAAUGCAAAGACGCGUCGCCGCUCAAACUAGAGUGGUGUGCGCCCGGCAACGAUGCGUCUCUUGGAGUGCUUGCUGCGGCGUACACCGAUGGCCGUGUUCGUGUAUACAACCUUCCGCGUGGAAAAGCAUGCCAGUGCUAUGAGUUUGAGCCGUUGCUGGAGCUCUGUAUUCCCCACACGUCGGUAACGAGCCUCACUGCUGCAGGAGACAUGCUCGCAGCGGGGUGUGCGGACGGCACCAUUGCCGUGUGGGACAUGGCUGCAUCAACGGAGAAACAACCGGCGCCAUUUGCGUGUAGUUAUGUGCACGACACGCUCGUGUGUGCUCUGCAGUUCCAGCUGCUCCCCCCCCUUGACGUGAACGCCGAAAACCAUUUCGAGGGCCAGCCCACGACGCUCUGCUCCGUCGGACUGGAUGGCUCGGAAAUUGUGACAAAUGUACUGGACAUGGAUGCACCGUACCGAAUUGCCCAUAGCCGCGAGCCACGCUACACUGUGGCAUGGUCGCCCUGGGGCGGUGCAUGGGUCGUCGACUUUGGCGACAAUCACUUUGGCAUCGUUUCGCUCCGAACGCACGACGCUGGCCAGCACCAUGUGCUUGGGUUCCACCACGGACGAAUUACGACGAUUGCUACCUCCCCACUCCACCCUUUUGUCGCUACGGGCUCCGCGGAUGGCAGCGUGAAACUGAGCAAUGCACUUGCUACUGGGAAACGCAAAUCCACCGCGGACGGCGCGAGGGUAAUGCACAAGCUAUUCCGUCUUGCGCUGCAAGACGGCGCGUAUACGCUCUCCGAUACAUUCUACCCCGAAGGCGUGUGGCCGCGCACGCCGUCCAAAGCGACCUCGACCCUCUACGAUCAAUGGGAUCCUUCGCUGGCCAUUACCGCGACAAGUUGGGGCAUGCUGCAGCAUGCGUCGCGCCUUGCGAACGGGACAGCGCUUGGCCUUGUGCGAAUCGAGACGAUUGUAAGGACAUAA